UGACCAAUGGCGCGCGUCAUCGGCUAGAUAGCUCCUAGCGCUUAGUGCUCGUUGCUAAACACACGAAUGGCGAAACAACCGACGACGAUCGGUGCAACAUACGAAACUGAUAAUGUUAAUAAAUAUGUUUUGCAAUCGUCCGAUGUUCUCCACUUCGCUAAAUGUGUUCGUCGCGCGCGGGAUAUUCCGGUUAUAGUAGGCGUUGAAGUGGAACCGAAUUUCGAACCAAUAAAAAAUGCAAUCAUCAAAUCACGUCUCACGUGUUCUACUGGUGCUAGUGUUCGGUCAAAGCCUGCUUGGUUCGCCAGGGUCAGUUUUUCAAGCCGACGCACAGAUCGACGGUAGUUUUUGGUGGAAGAACGAGAACCUCGUCAAGAAAGCGGAAGAAUACCGCGAAGAAAAGGACGUGAAAGCGAUCGUCGUUAACAAUGAAACCGAGUUCGAUUCUAUUCGAUUGCAAGACAACGCCUUCACAGAGACAUCGGACGACUCACCGGAUUGCAUUUGCGUCCCUAGCGAACGCUGCAGGAGCGCCACUGACGGAAAACAGGGAAGAGACGCUCUCUGUGGACCGGGAAACACUUGCUGCAGACAUAAAGACAUCAUUCCGCUCGUAAAUAUUCACGCUCCUCAUUUGCCACCACCGCCUACCCAACCUACACCGAGACCCACGUUGGCUGCCCUUGGUGGAUUACCCUUGCGACCUCCCGCAGAUCUUCAGUCGGCUUCAAUGCCACCUCCAACCAACUCAAAACCGGAUAUCCUAUUGGAAAUAUCAUCCCUUCUGCAAGAGUUCAACAACGAUGAUUUCGAACCGGAAGCUGAGUUUAUUUUUGAGAUGAUCCCAUCUCAAACAACGGUAACAACUUCAACGACAACCACGACUAGACCCUCAACCACGGCAAAAACAAGUCGUCCAACUCCAGGGAAACGGGAGAAAAAAUGCGGUCAGCGUAGGGCACCGCUGACGAGUCGUGUUCAUUUUAUGGAUGAUGAUGAAAGAGUUGAGGUUCAUCACAGCGGAACGGUCAGCUUUGGAGAGUUCCCCUGGACAAUAUACGUCGAAGAGCGUAUCGGCAACGGCAGCUUUCUGUACAAAUGUGGUGGUGCUUUGAUUACCUCUGGAGCCGUGGUGACCGCUGGCCAUUGUGUUGCUAAUUCCCGCAACGAUCCAAGUAACUUCCGAAUCAUUGCCGGAGAUUGGGACCGCCGACAUACACUGGAGAAACUUCCCAGGCAGCUUCGAACCGUGGACCGCAUUAUCCUUCAUCCGAAUUAUUAUUCAGGAUCGUUGUACAACGACGUAGCCGUGCUGAUUUUCAACAUUCCUUUGAAUGAUUCGCUUACGAAUGUCGCUAAUGUAUGUCUACCAUCUUCGAAAGAGGACAACUUCUACGGUAGUCAUUGUAUCUUGACCGGGUGGGGUGCAACUCCGGGUACUCCCGAACAGGAAGAAUCAAUUCAACGAUUUGUUUCUAUGCCGUUGCUGCCAGAAGCACAUUGUGAGCCCAGAUUGCAGUCCGAUACCAGCCUUGGGCGGAGAUUCAAAAUGCACAAGAGUUUUCUUUGUGCUGGUGGCACAACGGCCGAGGAUUCCUGCAAAGGUUCCGGUGGGAGUCCGCUCGUAUGCGAACACGAUGGUGCGUUUGUGCUGGUCGGUCUCAUGUCGUGGGGUGUCAGCUGUGGACGGGGUCUUCCCGUAGUGCUGGCAUCUGUGCCGGCUCAGGUGGAAUGGAUUAGAAGGCAGAUCGAUGGAUUAGAUGAUAAUGUGGUGUAUUUUGAGAUAAAAUUUUAAAUAAAACUAGGAAAGGAAUUGCGGUAAGUGAAAUUAACUAUGAAGUGAAAGCGGUUUGAAAAUGCCAUGUGUGGCUUAUGUGUGAUUUUAGUACGUUUAUAUCUCUAUAAGAAUUAAACAGUAAGAAAUAAAAUACUCUUCUAGGUGACUAGCAUUAGGUAUUAAUAUAUCAUUAUACAAUUCUACAAAAUUUGAA